ACUGCACUUCCUAUUUCCUCAGUGUUACUGCAGCUCACUGACUAAACCAGAAAUCGAGAGGAUGAGAAACGAAAGGAACACGUUUGACGCACGGUUUAUAAAUGAAUAUGAGCAGUAAAUGAAUCUCAGGUUCGUGUUCAGUUGAGCGCGCAAUGGGAGCGUCGUGCGUGCGGGCGUCAGUUUGAUAAAACAACGACUUUUCAAAGUUUUAUAUGUUGGUGGAUGAAGAAGAAUCAAGAUGAAGAAGCAGUUAAUCCGCAUGAAACAGCUCGCCAACCAGACUGUUGGGAGAGCGGAGAAGACAGAAGUACUGAGUGACGACCUUCUUAUGAUCGAGCGCCGCCUGGAAAAUGUGCGACUUGUCUCCCAUAAUGCGCAAAAGAAGAUGACCAUGUGUCUGCAGGGUAGCAUUGGCACAGAUGCGGAGAAGAGGCAUAAAAAGCUUCCUCUCACGGCCCUUUCACAAUCCAUGCUGGAUGGAGGAAAUCAGCUUGGUGAAGAGUCUCUCAUUGGGAGGAUGAUGGAAGUCUGUGGAGAAGCUGAAAACAAACUGGCCUUUGAGCAGAGCAAACAUGAAGUUCAGCUGGAGAGAGAAUUUCUAGAUCCUCUUAACCAGCUAGCAGAGGUGGAUAUUCCUAACAUCCUGAAGCAGAGGAAACAUUUAGCCAAGCUUGUGUUGGAUUUUGAUUCUGCGAAAGCCAGGUAUCACCAGGCUACAAAGGCAUUUCCUACAGCUGCAAAUGCUCAAGCAAUGGCUGCCAAAGUUGACACACUCAAGGAGGAGAUGGAUGAAGCUCAGAACAAAAUGGAAAUAUGCAAGGAUCAACUGGCAGCUGAAAUGUACAGCUUUUCCUCCAAGGAAGGAGAAUAUGCCCGCUAUUAUGUGUUGUUGUUAGAAGCUCAAGCUGAUUACCACAGAAGAGCCUUGGCGUCCAUUGAAAGCGUCCUGCCCACCAUACAGUCACAGCAAGAUAAAUGGACAGAGAAGCCAGCGUUUGGCACAGCUCUGGAGGAACAUCUGAAACGCACUAGCAGAGAGAUCGCUCUGCCCAUAGAGGCCUGCGUCAUGAUGCUGCUGGAGACCGGCAUGCAGGAAGAGGGUUUGUUCCGUAUCGCUGCUGGAGCCUCUAAACUGAAGAAGUUAAAGGCGGCACUGGACUGUUCCACUUCCCAACUAGAGGAGUUUUACUCUGACCCUCACGCUGUUGCUGGAGCCCUCAAAUCUUACCUGAGAGAGCUGCCUGAACCUCUGAUGAGCUACCAGCUGUAUGAAGAGUGGAUUCAAGCCUCAAAUAUUUCUGACCCUGAUAAGAGGCUUCAGGCGCUGUGGGUGGUGUGUGACAUGUUACCAAAGCCCAACAAAACCAAUUUUAGGUACCUGGUGAAGUUUCUUGCCAAGCUUUCUCUGGAAAGCGACAUCAACAAGAUGACUGCAAGCAACAUCGCCAUUGUACUGGGCCCCAAUUUGCUGUGGGCCAAAACAGAGGGAAGCCUUGCUGAAAUGGCAGCCACUACUUCCGUCCAUGUCGUGUCAAUAAUUGAACUGAUGAUCAACCAUGCAAGCUGGUUCUUUCCAGAAGAUGUGGACUUCAACGUUUCAGGCAUGUUUGCCAUGCCUGGGUGCCCGGGUACCCCUGACUCCGAAGCCGGAACCAUAGACAAGAGGCGCCAAGGCAGCCAGGGGUCGCUCGAUUCUGACACACCCCGCAAAGACAGCCCUGCUAACAAACAGCCGGAAAUCGCCCCUCGUAGACCUGGCACAAUAAAUAAAAAGCAGCACUCCACGCCUAACUUCCAGCCCCCUCUCCCUCCCAUUGACGCCGGGGGGGUUCCCGUGUUUGAGCCCUCCCUUCAGUCGCCCACUGGCUGGGGUCUGGAGGCUGGGCAGGCGGGAGCUGCGGUGUCUCAGACGCAGCAGCCUUUAGUUCAGCAGAACCCUGCUGCGGAGAACAGUAACAUGACCCGAGAACCUGCGUCCACACCUCCAGCCAUGAGGAACGGACCGGGAGGUUCGAGUGGGACACCCACUCACGUGAAUGCGGGGACCCCUACCUCAUUGAUGAUUCGCAGAGGUACAAAGAAACAAGCGCCGGCACCUCCCAAUAAGGCCACGCCUACCACACCUCAGAGCGUAAAGGCGGCUCCUAACUAUCCCACACCAAGCCAGCCCUCUGCCCCGAGCAUCCCUCAACCUCUCGUCGCACCCCGUCGCAACAACCAGACCCCCAUCCAGGCCCCCAGCCACCCUCCUCCUCAACCUCCUUCCCAGCCUUCUUCCCAGAGCACAGAUGAACCAGACCCGUCCCCUCCCAGAACCCCUACCCCACCUGGUACACCGCCCCACGACAGCUCCCAGCUGCGCCCCAGACCCACCCCUCGAGCGCGACCCAAACCCACCGGCCCGCCACCACCCCAACCGCCUAGCAACGGUGCCAAUGGUGUCUGUGUGUCUGGAUCCAAGAUCAUCUCAGAUGUGUGAUCUUCUGCCUGUGAGGUGUGAUUUGAGUGGCAGGCGAUGAUGGAGAGGAGAGAUCUUUUACGGGACCAGGGCUGGAUCUUGUCCCGGAGCUUGAGGAGGAUAAAACCACGGAAACACCCUCAGACGAUGAACACCAAUCAGAAAACACCGCCCUGUGAGGUGCUUAAACAGCCAAUCGAAAGCUAUGUUCGUAAUGGAAUACUAGCAUACUGCACUGUAUAUUCCUACCCUUUUUAAGGAUGUGAAAAUAUCCAAACAUUGUCACAUGACCUCUUUAUAUACUGGUUACCUCAUGAAUAAAUGUAGUUAUUAAGCAUUCUUCAAGUUUAAGUAAAACGUUUGGUAGCAUUAUCAAUGAGUCAAAACAGUUGCUUCUAGUUCAAACGUCACACUGGAAACGGAAGGUCAAGUUGAUGCACUGCAUGAUGGGAUACGGUACCCAGCAGUGUGCAAAUAUAGUAGGUCAUCUGGGUAUUCUAAACAUAGAAUGUAUGCAAAGUAUACAUACUACAUACAGUAAAAGUAGUAUAGUAGUAUGCUAUUCCGAACAUAGCCACUUUAACCUUUGGCCCUGCAGAAAACAGUCAAUUUACACAAAAAAUACAAGAAACAAAAACACUCUAGAAGCUUCCAGGAGUCUCUGUCCUCACAAUGCUGGCACAUUGUAACCAUAUACCGGGAAGAAAUCAGCACGCACAUAUUAACAUGCUCUCGAUCUUGAUUUCAUUCACAAAGGGGUUCUAAUCAAGUAUGAAUGUCUUUGAGUUUUGUGUAACAAGCGUUAUAUAUGUGCCUUGAAAUCACUGAGUUUGUGUGGCUGAUAUCCCACACACUUCAUGUUUAUGUUGGUUAUCAUGGUGAAUGUCGUUGAUGCAAAUUUAUUUUAAUUGUUCCUUUUCUCUUUAAUACUUUAAAAAUGACAAAAAUUGGAUUAAAAUGAGGUUCAGACACAAUGAAAAAUAAUUAUUAUACAGAUACUAUUCAUUUGAAACAUGUAAUUUGAGUAUUUUUCCUAGGGUGCAAUACUGACUGCAGUGUAGUGUAGUGUUACAGCAUUAUCGUCAGUUUUCUAUUGGUUUAUUUGUUUUACAGGGUUUAUUUUAGUGGAGGAUACCAAUAUCAAUUUAUCUGAUUCAUCCAUCCACAGUUUUUGAUCCACUAAAAUAAACCCUGCAUAUACUAUUAUGAAAUAGUUCAUUCUCAAAAUGACCAAAGAUGUUCUUAAAUGAUCCUGUAUCAGAGCUUUAGGGGUUUGUUUCAUGUUGUAUGCAAUGCACAAACUGCACUGACAACAUUAAUGUGAAUGAAAGGAUUUAUGGAUCAGUCAAGCUCAGGAACCGUCAGCUAGAAAGCCAAAAGUCAUUCAUUCCUUUCAUGAGGGAAUAUGUGUAUUUUAUUUCUGUGGUUAUGUUCUCUUUAAUAGGCUUUCUUAAUUGUACAUAUUGAUUUUUUUUUUUCCUGUUUCUCCCCCUUUUGUAUAUCUGUGUGCACAUUUCCUGCCUCUGAAUUUUUGUUUUUCACAUUUUCUAGUGCCUCAGAUGAACAAAUGUUGUAAAAAUUCAUUUUUCUUUUCAACACAAACUUUUUUUCUGAUUAUAUAUCUAAUAAAAUGCUUAAUUACAGAAGGAAAA